AUGGUAUUUGGGUAGAUGUAAUUCAGUUCAGUUCCGUUAAUUGUGUUUUGCAAGAGGUUACUGGUUAAACUUAAAGCUAGGCACAUAUAUUAUCAGGUGUUUGAUUUUGUAGUUUAAACGUGAUUAUUGAAAUUGAAAUGCCUAAAGGGUUAAAACAGAAGAUCACCAUACAGAAACUUGUCCAUCCAAACAGUAGAAAAGCUUUGCAACUUUCACGAAAAGAAUAUCGAGGAAGCAAAGUUCAGAGGAAAAAAGAAGAAACAAAUUUGAAACAGCAAAUUAAAUUGAAAAAACUUUUAUGGUUCAAAGAAAACCUUGAACAGAAAGAUUCGUUAUCACCAGCAGAUGUUUUUCAUGCAAUUGAACGGUAUCUGCAUCGUUUUGAUGAAGAAAUAGAACAGAUCGAAAUAAUCAAUGGCAUCAAAGGACGACAAACUGAACAACAUAUCUCUCGAAAAGACAGCAUUCGUUUCACUUUAGAGCAAGAGAACAGGGAGUUUGAGAGUAGUGGUCUUGAAAUACCAGAUUUAUUAGACAAGAAGGCAUAUCAGUAUUUUAGAUGUUGGACUGGAGAUGCUAAAUAUUUACCAGCAAUAAAAAUAAAAAAAGUAUCAAAGAAGUCAUUGGAGGAGCUGAUGAAAAACUCGGACGAGCAGAAGCUAAGAUGCGAGAUCAUGAAAAGUCCGGAUGCAGUUGCUGAUAAAUUCAGUAAAUCAUGUUCUUCAGAUAGUCCAGAACAGUUAGUAAACAAGUAGUAAAGAGUUUUCAAACAUGGAAAAUAAUCUGUAAAUAUUAUUUUCACUUCAAUAAAGUGUUUGGUAGAAACAAUUA